UCGGUCCCGAUCUAUGCUGGCUCCGUGCUUCUAGCCCGUGCUGGACUGGAAUCGUGGCGUAGCCUCGUUUCAUCCUUGAAUUGUUCCUUAGUUAGCAGUCCUUGAUUCGCCGGAAUUCGAUCUGGCGCAGUGUGCUUAAUUGUUUCGCAGCAGAUCUGAGCGUCGUGUGACUGCGCACAUGCCCCUUCUUUUCAGGGACGGUUUUGACUGACGAACUUUGCGCCUGCUCUUAUCCAUCCAGAUGUGUUAAAUGGGCCAACUAGGCAACCUCUAGAGCGUUCUUUUCGGCAAUUGGUUUGAUGUGCUAGGAAAAGCAGUGAAUUCUCUGGUUGUCCUUGUUUUUGAGUCCUCAAUAGGAAGCUGCGCAUUCGCCGAUGGAAAUGGAAAAUUGAGAUGGCAUGGUAGAAUAUCAUGUUCUGCUGCAGAUCUUAUUCUGUGAGCACAUACCCAAGGAUGGGGAUUUUGGAAUCUUCAGAUCAAGUAAAAGGAUGUUUACAUCCAUGUGGCAAGGAUAUACCUCAACAUAGUACUGAAGACACCAUAAAAUCUGAAGAUGGUGUCUCUUCAUUGCCACGGACUUGCACGCCUCUUCAGUCAGAAGCUUCUGACCUCACCUUGUGCUGUGCUUUGGAUACAGUGUUGGCGGGAAAUUCGAAUGGCACCGAUCCUUUGGCAUGUGGCAAAGAAAACAGCAGUACAGGCUUGCAAUCUAGGCCUGAUGAAAAUAGGAUGAGUGAUGCUGCACCCCUUGGGUUGGAUCUGAACAUAGUGAAUUCUUCGGAUGCAGCAGAGCUUAAUCCGUUCUUUCCUUACAAGAACCUGGGGCAGUCAAAAGUUAGUGGCCCAUCAGAAUGUGGUAGUACAACCGGUGCUACUGGAGGAACUGAGUCAUAUAGAAAGUGGGAAGAAAUGAAGAAGAAUGGAUUCCUCUCCUCAUCUCAUGGAGCUGCAGUGGUACCUAAGCCACGUGGUCGACCCCCCAAGAGAAAAAGAGAUGAUGAACCCAAGAGGAGCAAUUUUACCCAGAAUGAACAAACUAAGUUCAUGAAGGUUGCUGCUCCUAGUGGCCUAUUAUCUGGGCUAAACCCUGGAAUCAUAAACCAUGUCAGAAAUAGCAAACAAGUUUAUUCCAUAAUAAAGGCCAUGGUACGCUCUGAGAAGCUCGAGAAUGCGAGCCAGCCUGUUUUUGCUUGUCAAACAGGUGAAAGAGGGAAAGAAGUUAGUGAAAGAAUUCAGGACCAGAAUAUGGGUAGUUUGAUGAAAUGCCACUUCAUGAUGGAUGGUAAUAAUACAAUGUUUCACCGAGGGUUGCCUACAACAUCAAAAUACCUCCCAGAGGAUGGUCGCAAUAUGAAAUUGCAACUCUCAUCAACAGUCACUGUGGCUUCAGAUAGAACUUGCAGUAUGUCAGCUGAUGAUCUUGAAUCUAAGCAAGAUUGCAUGACUAUGUUAUCGGUGAAGGCGGCUGGUGUUGCCUUCCAGUGGUUGGAGCUACUGCAGCAGGACUUCAGAGGGCGCCUUGCUGCUUUGAAGCGCAGUAGAAAGAGAGUUCGGAAUGCUCUUCAAACUGAACUGCCGUACCUGAUAUCAACAGAAUUUCCUGAGAACGAAGCAUGCACUGCACAGUCUUCUGAAGCUGGAUCCACUGGAAACAAAGUUUCAGAGGCACAUGUUGCUCGCUGGAGGUCUCUUUUUGUUCAGAUGGACAGAACACUGCAGGAAGAGGGGAGGGACUUGGAAAAUCGGUUGAAGGAAGUGCAAGCAAUGCUAUCAAAUUGCGAUAAAGGUCUACAGCACAUGACGUGUGAUGCUCCAUCACUAGGACCAGGACCAAUUGCUGAAUUAUGGAAGCUGAAGAGCCCGGAGAUUUCUGAGAGCGAGUGGGCAGUGCAAGCUGCUGCUGCGUCGAUCUACUCGACGUGCAACGUGGUCAUGAAAACAGGGAACGUUCCUUGCUUCUGAUGUAUCACCUGGAUAUUAUUUUUCUUGCAUUAUUUUUCUUUUCUU